UACUUUGACAACCCGCAGACCGCUACUGUCAAAUGAAUCGCAUCAAAACAUAUCAAACUGUAUCUAUUGUUCUCCUUUCUUUGUUUUGUUGUCUCGUAGAAUAUCGUUCGUUAUGUUUGCAGUGACGAAGGACAAAAUAGGCGAACGCGCAAUUGAGUUAUUUUCUGUGUAAAUGAACUGAUUAGAUAGAUUGUUAUUUGAAUCACGCAGUGGGAGUAGUUUCAGCAGUAUGAAAGUGCGCUUCUAGUUUGGCACUGGGGUUGACAUUAUUUUCGUAAGAAGAGCUCCAAAAUAUCCGAAGAUGGAAGCAGUGAAACCCAAGGCAAAGAAAAAGUCAAGCAGUAAAAAAUCUAUACCCCAAUCUACAUCCGUGGUGUUGCCACAGGAAGUGGAACCUGUUGAUGUUUCAGUGGCAGAAAACGUACCAAUUUCAUCACCAACAACAGUACCACCGGUAACGUUAUCGGAGCACGAUCAAGCGGCGCAAGAAAAUGUAGAAACCCUUAGCAACAAACCAGAAGAAUCGAUUGUUCCAGAAGGUAUUGAGGAACCCCCGUCAGACGAUGUAGACGAACAAAAGGACGUUGGAGCAACACUCAUACAGGAUGAUAAGACUGAUGCAGAACAGGGCACCGAUUUUACACCAACUGCACCGCCUUGUGUUGCUCCUAUCGCCACUCUAUCCCCCAUGCUGUAUCCGGAUCUGAAUCAGCUCAAACUGCAAACAAACAACGAACAAACGAUAGUUCCCACAGCAAACAACGCAAACGCGAUCAAACACAGUUGCAUUAGUAUGCCACGUACUCGCACACUGUACCUUCAGUGUAUUCAACAGAUGGAGGACACAUCCCUUCAAAGCGACCGGGAGCAUCUAAAUGCGCUGGAGCAACAGUUCGUGGCAUCGGAAAAUCCACACGCCGUAGCGAAAGACCCGGGCGGCUAUAAUGGCGAUCUGUAUCUGACCAUACAAGCGUACCGGGGCGCGUAUCACAGCUACUGCGAGAUCGCUAAGGAACAGUUGAUGGUUCAUCAGCAAAUUUCCAGCCUGCGCAGUAGAUGUUGGAACUUUCAGCAGGUAAAGUUUAACGCGUGGGGAACUUGUGACGAUGGGCGAAUGGUGAAUGUAUCGCUUAAAAGUCGUGUUGCUUCGUUGAACGUUGAACGGUGCAAGGAAGCGAGACGCACAAUGGGUACCAUGGUAGAGCGAUGCGUUACGAAGGAAAAGGAAGCCGUGAUACAGCUCCACCAUAGUCGCGCAAUGGUGGAGAAGAAUGUGUACGAUCCACCGAAACCGGGACAAGACCGCACGCUUGUGUGGCGCAUCAAGCUGCGCAUUGUCGGCAACGCGUUGCGUACCGAGAUGCACCAGUCCGGUUGUGACAAAGGUGAAGCGUGCGAAUAUGUGCAAGAUUUGCGCAAAUGGUUCCUGCACCUGGGAACGCUUCUGUUACGGGCGGGUAACGUUGAUGAUCGCGUUUGGUUGAUGUUUCAUUUGCUACGCUUUCCCAACGGCAUCGGUACCUGGGCCCAUGUGCUGGUACAUCCACUACCGUGCACGACUGUAAAAUCGAACCAACCGCUACAGGAUAGCGAACUGCAGGCUGUCCUCACGCUGAUACAAGUCCUUUUGCGACCGAUCCACGAGCGACAAACAUUCCUUGCGCCGAUCGAAGACACGACGGCACAGAAGCAAACACAUAGCGAGAUCGGAUCGGCGGUAGCGAAAGCCGGCGAUACCUUCGAAUGGGUCGAUAGCGACGGAGAGGAUAGCUCCACGGACAAACGGAUCCGGCCGAUCAAGGAGAGCGAUUUGCUGGCAUUGCUCGACCAAAUACCGUUCCAGCGGUUGUACGACACAAUUACAGCCCGUGCGAUGCACCGUGUCUUAAGCGGAGAUGUAAAGCAGCUACCCACGACGGAGAUGCUGGGUCUCAUCACGUUCGCCAACAAACUGAUCGCUAUACUUGGCGAAGGAUUGUCAACGUACGGUAGUGUUCCACGAUACAGCCACUUUGUGCAACGGUUGGCACUGCUUAUCAACGAUACGGUAAAGUUCGUGAGUGACGUACUACGCUACUAUCGUGACUCGCACGGCCUACAAAGAUCGGAAGAGGUCGAGCUGGUACAGGUACACUUCGAUACGCUCGUGUACGGUGCGGCACGUUGCAUCUACGGUGGUGGUGUGGCCCUUUCACGGCACCUAUCGACACUGCCGUUUGCAUUGCUAAGUUCACGCGCUUGCUGGUGGGUGUUUCGUUGCUUAUUGAAUCGAAAUUUUAGCCUAAGCCCAGAUUUUGAACAAGACGCUCCACACCUAACAGACUGCACACCGAUGGAACAGUUUGGCAAAGAGUUAGUCAACCAAGCGCCACACGAUCUGUACAAUGUAUUGAAACCGUUUGUAGACCUAGCGCUCGCCCGUGACGCAUCCAGUGAUCACGAAUUUAUUUCUACCAUUACGAAAACAUUGUUUGAGCUGCUAGCAUCAGUUAGUGCAAAUGAGCUGGUAUGUGCCGAGAUCAUAAUGGAGCAGAUACACAUGAUUCUGGAGCAAAACGCAAUCGUACUUUCCGCGCUGUUGCAAACACUUGUUACGAACGAUACGCAACAAUCGCAAACCACUGCUAACGCUUGGCAAAUGAAGGGCAGUACACUGUUGGUGGUGUUUAGCAGCAAAAGGAAGUUGCUAAUGCGGUGGCAACCGCACGAAACGGAUAUUAAUGUGAUGCUGGAAAUGUUGCUUAACUACGGACGAACGCAUAUUUAUCAUAAGCUUGCGCUUGGACUGCUGAUGUACAUUAACUACGGUGAUAUUAGCGGAUUGUGUGUGCCACUGCCACUUCAAAUCCGUAUUGCGCUCGGUAUCGUUGCAGCAUAUCGAAAGAAUCAACCCGCAACAAAAUUUGAUCCCGACAGUGCGGAACAAACCGAGCUCAAGUCCUACCAAGAGCGAUGUCUGUUUGUGUUGCUGCAGCUGCGUCUCCAUGUGCUCGAUCAACCGCUACCGGUUGUGUGCCAUUUAAUGCGUGAUCCAUCCACUGCCGACCUACGGCACAUACCUACGCUCGAGCAGCUCCGGGAUGUAAAGGCGGCUAUUGACGAAGGAUGUCCGGUGGCGUGCCUUACCGCGCUGCUAACCACCACCACCGGUCACUGGGUGCCCGUGUUCUGUCAGGAUGGAGUGAACCUCCUGAAGCUACUGCUGGAGCAGCACCAUCUCGAUACGAUUGUCGUACGCUGUAUCGAGCUGAUAAGCCUACUGUUUAUCGAAUGCCCGCAAGCACUGUCCGGUAAUGAGAGGUUUAUCGCGCUACUCACACACCUCGUGGAGGAUGAUGGCGAGCUAGACUGGUCGCGACAAACCGCGGACGAGCAACAGCAGCAGCAGCAGCAGCAGCAGCAGCAGCAGAAGAUAGAACAAACGCACACGUUGAAGCUGCUCGGACAGUCAAAAGUAGGCCAAAUGGGAGCGAUGCUCGUUUCGCAAGCGGCCUCAUACUGGCGCUGUGGAUACGCAACACCACCAUUGCUGAUCUGCAUGUGGUGUGAUUGGCUAACGCAAAUACCAAACUGGACCAACAGUGCCAAGGUGUUGCGGUUGCUGAACGUACUGGCUUCCAUUUCGUUCGACCAUCUCGAAGCUUGGAAUGCACUGCGCGACAAAAUGCGUCCAUUUUUCAAGACACUCUCACAGGUGAAACAAAAGCAACCCGGCAUACAUUCGCUGUGGUCGAAAAUUAUCGGCACGGAGCCACCGUUACUGUACGGCACGUUACCGAGCGAUUGUGUUGCGCUCGCGCUGCUAGUGUACGGUAUCGAGCACCAGCAGCUGGAGCUGGAAACGGAACUGUGGCCGAAGCUGUUGCGCACGCUUAAGAAAAACAAAACAAUCAAGCUCGAUGCGGCACUCAGGGAGGUGAAUGCGUCGUUGCGGUUGCGCGAGGAAGAGUUCUGUCCCUCGGUCGAUUCGCUGGUGUUCUUUAAGCUUGCACGAUAUUUGGUGCGUGCCAACGUCGAACAUCCGCUGUAUCUAGCUGUAUGUCAACAGUUCUUUACCAUCUACCUGACGCGCGUGACGGACGUUGGGGAUGAGCUGCACGGCGUUACGGAUCGGCUGUACAGUUGCGAUGCUGGUUUGAUGGAGAAGAUGAAGCAAAUGCUUUGCAAUCUGGAAUUGCAUUACCAUUGCAUGCAGGAAACGAACAACGAGGCACACGCAAUGUUGCGACUGGUAAAAGCGUUUCAACUAUGGUUAGUUGACACAGAUCUUAAUCGCUUUGCUAUGGAUGAUCCCAUCAAUCUACCUGUGCAGUACGAUGUACAUCACCUACAAGCGGCUCUUAAUGGUGCACAAGAAUGUUGGCCAGAAUGCAUCAAUAAACAGCGCACGGUUACGAUCCACCGUAUCAUGAUUGAACGCUGGUACAACCUGUACCGUGUCAUCCCGAACCAUUCGUCGGCGGUUGACAAACCAGCCGCUGGCAAACAAUUACUCUCACCGGUUCAAGCAAUUAAGCGUCGGUUGGAAAAUUGCUACACAAACCCACCACCCAUACCGCUCACGGAGUACAGUGCGGAGCUGCAGGAUCUAAUCGAUGCACUACAGAAACCACCGAUGGUGCGCGUGAAACGUAUCACCGAGAGCUUGCGAAUCGUGAAACAGUACAUUGACAAAACCUAUUGGUCGAUGAAAGCCGAACUGGACCAGCGGCAAGACGAGCUGUUCGUGCUGUACCAGCAGCUGUACGUGAACGAGGACAAACCGAUCAAAAAGCAGGCGAAAUGUGGCAUACUGUACUGUAGCGGUGCCGCUACGGUAACGGUACACACGAAAUGUGCCGUCAUACACAAGAGCGUCCAGGACCGUAUCGCCGCUCGGCUGCACGGGUUGCAAUUGUUUCUGCAGCAGAUCAUCAACAUGCCACCGUACAUUAUGAAGCACACCAUCAUGCUGCGUGAGCUGUGGAACAGCCUGUUUGUGGACUACUGUACGGAGACGGAUCAGGUGACGGUACAGACGUUGAAUGAAGCGAUCCGUACGAUGCUGCGCACGCUGCUUCACGAAGUGUCCGAUGCAAACUUUGUGCCACCGUUAACGUUUGCGGUGCGGUUAAGUAUGGAUACGUACCGAAGCGAUCUGUCGGAUUUGAUGCUUGAAGAGGUAGGUCAACUGUUUGCCGGUGCGCUCGAGAAUGGUCAGAAACCGUCGAACGUGAUCGUUGCGAUGCUGGAAAAUAGUCGCAUACCGGCCCGACCAUUGCUACAGGUAUACAGUCAGCUGGUGAAGCAAAAGCAUGGCAGUCUGGAGAGGAAUCUGUUUGUAGAGCUGUUCAGCAACAAGCUCAAUCUAUCCCAGUGGCUCAAGGAGCAUAAUGUCACACCCGAAGAAGUGGAUCAGUUCGCUAAGCUGAUAGUGAUAGGGCUUUACAAAUCACGCCCGGAAGAUAGUGUCAGUCCGGUACGGUCCGAAGAGCAAGCCGAGAAGGAUAUACAAUUCACAAAUCUACUAAUUGCCCAUCUGGUUAUACUGGCCGGUAGUAAAUUUCCGGAAAACUACGGCAAAAUGUUGCAGCACACCCUAAACGCGUACUCGCAGUGGCCUACCCUUCCACCCCGCAUGUUGCUCGAGCUGUUGAAUCUACUCCGUUCUAGGGCUCAACUGUCCGAUCUUCAGCUAGGGAUGCAGGAAAGCGCACUACGCCAAGCACAUCGCCAGUUCGCCGAAACGAACUGUACCGAGCCGGUGCUAAGUUUUCAGGUGUUGGAAUUUCUAAUCGUAACAGUGACGGAACAUUUCUCCCGCCAGCGUGAUAGUGCUUACCCUUGGAAUGGCAUGUACAGACGGCACGGUGCGUACGUUGAGGUGUUUGGAAUGCUGCUCGGUAUGUUGUCGCACAGCUUUCUAGCGCACGGUAUGGGUGACAACCGGAUCCGGCACGUGCGAGAUCAUCUACUGCCAGUCGUGUACCGUAUGUUCGAACCAUGGAUUGUACCGUACGAUGCACGUGCUUCUACCGUACCGGGUGGAUUCUUACCGAGCUCGACCUACACCAAAUCUGCUACGGCAUCAGCGAACGAAUCAACGCGACAUUUCAACAACGAUAAAGCAAAGUGUAUGUUUACCGUACUGCUGCACACGAUCGAGUACACGAUCGAUAAAGUGCUUGUGGCAUACGCGGAUACGGACGAUUCGAGCCAAAUUCUGCUAUACUUCCUUAACUGGUAUCUGGAGUGGUUCGUCGAGCCGAGCAUAAUGAUUUCCGCCCUGUACGUGUUCAACACGCUCGUACUAGAUCUGCCCUGGGAACGUUUGCAGCCCUCGGAAAUGCUGAUCGAACGGAUGUACUCCCUGCUGGAACACCACAGUCCCGAGUGUCAUGAAUUUUUGGCAUGCGUGUUUGUACGGUGCAGCUGGACGAGAAGCAACGACCAACCGGUACCGGCAUGGCUGCAGCGAACCCAUGCCUCAACGCUGUCCAUCUGCGUACGCUUAACCUACGAACCGGUGAUACGCACCGAAGCAAAAGUUCGCACCGCAAUGGUACAGCUGUUGCAGUAUUUCGCCCAUCUGACGUGGGAAACACUGCACGUGGCCGAACUAACACCCGCACUCGAUUGGUUUGUCAUGACGGCGGAUGCGGACAGCAUGCUGCGCACACCGAAAGCACCGUGUCGCGAACUAGAUGACGCACUGUUCGAAUUCCUUGAGAUCGUUGCCGCAAUGCGUUUUAACGAAGCGAACCGGCUUGCGCCCGGUGGUAUGCAGCUGUUAAAACGUAAGCUUUACAUCAGUGUCGUCGUGCGGAUGCUGAUGAACGCCGGCAGAGCAACGGGUAAGGUGGCAAACGUUAAGCCACAGCUAGCCGGUGCCGUACAGCAAUUGCUACGUUCGAUUGGUGCCGUGUUGGAAGGUGUGCCGCUGGCACGUGACACUGCUACCGACUGUCCACGUUCGAUCGAGACACGCGCCAUGACAGUUGAACUGCUGACAAACAUCAAAAAGUGGCAAACGGAGAAUACGUUAAGUCUGUUUAUAGAUGAGCUUAUAAAAAUGCUGGAAGAUGAUGCCAAUUCCGAGCUAUUGACACGAUACGUGCUUGAGUCAGCUUCCCUGUUAGACAGUCCUGCUGUACCUUGGCUUCGUUUGCUGGAGACAGCGGUCAGUCAUUAUUUGUACCCGCAGCUGAAGGAGCACGAAGGCUUCGCAGUUGCCGUGAAACCGUACGCAACAUGGCUGCAAGCAUUAAACACGAUCGGCUGUACGGCGAUCGGUCGGUGGGAGCAUGAGCAACUGGUACGAAACUGUUUACCAUUGUGCCUGGAACUGCACUUCCUGCAUCAUUGGGCAAAGGCACGGUGUGACCCGGUAGCCCAGCUUGGGCUCGUGAAGCAACUGCUGGCAACACUGCCGGAGCUAAAAAUAAGCGAAUCGGUCGAAUAUCAACUUUAUCCGCUUUGGUGCACCUUAAUCUACAGUCUGUUUACGGUGCAACCGGAACCGGAUGCUGCUAUCCGUACCGCGAUCGGUCUGUUCGGUACGGUUAGCGAGAACAAUUCCUUCUGGGUGGUGGGAAUGUUGAAGAAAUUUCUCGGCAAGGAAAAACAGCCCACCGCACGGAUCAGUGCCACACGCUGUCUGAUCGGUUACGGCUUUGCCGUACUGCUUGCGCAUGUUUAUGCGCGCCGCACACCGAAACGGGAGCCGGAACUGGACGACUACAGUGACGCUGGUAGCAAAACCGCCGAACCGUUCACACUUUCGAAGCUGCUGAGCGCGCCAGAGAAAUGUGCCUCCAGGAAAAGAAUUGUGUCCACGGCGGUGGAACAUUUCAAAUCUGCAUGCGGUGCGUCAUCGCACAAGGAUUAUCAAAGCCGCGUUAUAGCGAUCGUCGAUGCGGUGGAUGGAAAGGAAGAGCCACACCGUAUCUUUCAGCACGCCAAAGCAAUGAUUACUUUGUUGGAUAGUCGAGCAGAACCAUUACUUAGCACGCUGCUCGAGGGAAUUGUCGCGCGAUAGUUUACCACCGUAACACUAGAAGUUUCUUCAACCUUGGCUGGGAUUGUUAAGUUUAUCAUACGAUACGUAAGUUCCUUUAGUAGCAGAAAAUUCCUACCAUCAUUCUAGGUUUGAUUCACGAAUCGUUUGCUGUACUUUUCGUUUGUUGAUUGAUUUAGGUUGACUAUUAUAUUGAGUAAAGCGAAAAUAUAGAAGAUAUAUCAAUAAAAUCUGUUGUUUAUCUGAUUGGGUUUUUUUUAUCACAAACAGAAAAGUGCACCGACUACUUGCUGCAUCCAUGGGUAUCAUUAUUUUCCUUCCAUGUUAUGUUUGUAUCCUUUAGUCCUUCGAAGACUGUCCAGAACACUUCCCCUGGUGGGGCUUCAAGUAUUCAAUAUGUUAUUUCAACCGGGAUAAUCGGUUUCAAUGUUUCACCUUCUCGAAGGUUACGAAGCAGCAACUCGUCGCCCAAUUUCAACCGCGAGCUAUUAUGGGCAAUCCAAACUAACUGCUUGCAUAGUUUCCCUCAAAUUUUGUAAACAAAUUUUGUUCCUUUUUUCACCUCUUUUCUUCCGGGUGCGUGUUCUCUAUCUCGGUCGCGAACGUUCCUAGACCCGCCUACUGAAACGACGCUUUUAGCAGUUGUGCUAAAAAAUGACAUAUAGUGCUUUGCAGCAGGUUGAACUGCUGAAUUGCUUUGAAGCUGAUUUGGGCCCUAAAACCCUUUUUU